AUGGCUGUACGGUUAUUUGGUCGUGCUCGUUUCGUAGACCUAGAAGAAGAUGGUAAUGCCGUAACAAGCCGUCAAAACACAUCCUUUGUUGCGGUUGGCAUCACUGCUGAUAAUUAUUCCGUUUGUAUUAUUGAUGAAGAUGAGAUUGAAUUAUGGAGGUGGCCUAUUCCGAUGCUAAAUGUAUUUCGAUUAGGCACGAUGAUGUUAGGUUUCCUGGAUCGAGAAAAUGAUAUGAAAAUUGGAAGUACAAAGAUUUUAUAUUUUCGAAACACCAAAGAAAUAUCUGAGUUUCUGACGGCUUUUAAAAUGUGCCAGUCGCUAAAAUCCCCACGACCGUUAUCACCAGGAAAUGAUGCUGAAAAAGUGUCAGUAUUUGAUGCCCGAACCGAACAUGCUUCAGCUACACAAUAUUUUCAGUUCUAUGGGUAUUUAUCACAGCAGCAGAACAUGAUGCAAGAUUAUGUACGAACGUCAACAUAUCAACGAGCUAUUCACAUAAAUGCGAAAGAUUUCCUUGAUAGGGUAGUGUUGGAUGUGGGAGCAGGAAGCGGUAUUCUUUCAUUUUUUGCAAUACAGUCUGGAGCUCGUCAUGUCUAUGCUGUAGAAGCAAGUUCAAUGGCAAUACAUUGUGAAGAACUCGUUCGACGUAACAAUUUACUUGAUAAGAUAACAAUUAUUGCUGGACGAGUAGAAGACAUCACUUUACCGGAACCUGUAGAUAUCAUUAUAUCGGAACCAAUGGGAUACAUGCUUGUAAACGAGCGAAUGCUUGAAAGUUACAUACACGCAAGAAAAUUUCUUAAACCAGGAGGUAGAAUGUUUCCGUCUCGAGGAGAAUUACAUAUUGCCUUAUUCAAUGACGAAGCUCUUUACAUUGAACAAACAUCAAAAGCAAAUUUUUGGUGUCAAGAAAGUUUCCAUGGUGUCAAUUUAUCCAGUUUGCGACCUCAAGCACUUGCUGAAAUAUUUAAGCAGCCAGUUGUGGAUACGUGGCAUGUAAACUGUCUAAUGUCGGGAAGUGUUAAAUGGACCAUAGAUUUCGAAAAGGAUCCCGAGUCAUUAUUGCAUAAAAUCCAUGUGCCAUUUGAAUUCCAGGUCGCGAAAGCUGGGCAUAUUCACGGAAUCGCAUCUUGGUUCGAUGUCGCUUUUAUUGGUUCAACGGAAACAGUUUGGUUGUCUACUGCACCCACAGAACCUUUAACUCAUUGGUAUCAAGUUCGAUGUCUGUUUGACAGACCUUUGAUGGUUUAUGGUGGCCAAAUUGUUCGAGGUGCUAUCAGAAUGCUUGCUAAUGAAAGGCAGAGCUAUGAUGUUGAAAUAUGGGCAGAACUGGGACAUAAUCGAGUUAGCAAUACAUUGGAUUUGAAAAAUCCAUUAUUUCGAUAUACGGGCACUGCAGUCCUUCCUCCUGCCGGUUGUGCUAAUGAUUCUCCGUCUGACGCUCUGUUGCAGAAUGCUGGUAUAUUGUCCAAUUUAACAACAGGUCAGAUGGAUUAUGCGGUGCACAACAUGAUCAAUGGUUUUGCUGGUGGUUACUGUAGCACUCAUACAAAUACAACCAAUCCUGGAGCAUCUGUUGUUGAACCGCCUAUAGCUGUUGCUGCACAGAUGAUUCAUACGCAAGAUGUCAACCGCGAUAUUUUUCGGAUACUCACUCAGUCACAUUCUCAAAUAAUGCAAGGUCAAAAUGUUAUGCAAGCAGGGCAGUGA